GGAAAUAAAAUGUCUCUCAUGAGUUUAGUUUUAUAUUGUGCUUUAGUACCAUAAUAAUAGGUGUUUGAGUUUGACUAGUUCUCUUGAUUGAGUGGGAGUGUAUACAUAGUAAUUUGCUAAUAGUAAUCCCUUCAUUAGUGCAAUGUUGUUCUGUAUAAUUAUGCUAAAUAUGGGUUCCUUACAUAGUAGAAUGCUUUAGGACAUCUAGUUCCCAUUAAACACAAACAACUGAUCAGGCUCAUUUCUUGUUGCUGAAAACUAUCAUCCUGAUCACAUGCUUUAAUGUGCAUUAUAUAUUGAUUUUGACGUGAAUCAAAUGCACUCACUAUCUUAUUGUUGAAUGCAAUGUAUCUCAUGCACUACCAAUCUACAUUGCAACAUCAUGAGAGCUUCAUGGCUGAACAUUGCAUCAUAUUUUGUCUUCAUCUUUUCUUGUUGCUGCACACCUUAGAAAUCCUUGGAUGAGUUGACUGAAAUAGAAUGUAAACUUGUAUGUAGAUAGUUGUGCACCCGAAGUGCAUGUCGAAGUGUUAUCAUUUUGUUGAAGAAUCCUACCUAUCUAAUUUUGUGAUGUUUGAUAAUGAUAUGCACUUUUUUUGAAAAAUGCCUUUUACACAUGCGUGGUAGUUGUGGAUAGUUUCAGACCUAGAAUAAGACAUUAAUUAUCUUUUGAAGUAAAAAAUUGAUAAAGCAUGAGAUUACAAAGUGUAAGAAUGACUUGGGCAUGCGCAUGAAUUCUGCUUAGGCGCAGAUAGUAUGAAUCAAAAGGCUCCAACACCCUGCCCCAUCACCAAUAAUUUUCCCUGCAUUGCAGGUAAGCUGCAUGUGACAGGACUGGUGCUUUAUGCCACCAUGCCCAUGAAUCACACCAAUUCCUUUGAUGACACCAACCCUCUUAUGCUAUGCUAUGACAAACUCAGCUAUGCAUUAUUACUCCUUAAUUUAAGGAAAUUCCUUGUAGAAGGAAUUGGUGUAACAUAUGGGAGAUAUCAGUCAAGGUUUUAGUUAUAGAAAGAAAUAGCUAGGAAAGUAGAGGAUUUCAAUGAUGAGUUUGUUUGUAAAGUAAAAUAUGGACAAAAGAUAGGGGUGCUAUUUGUUCACUUGUCAUUGUGGAUGUAAAUAAGGGCUGAAAAUGGAUUGGGUAUGAAAUGGGUAUCGGUGUAUCCAUAUUUGUGUCCAUUUUUUUUGAUUACUAUGAAUAUGAAUAUUAAUUGAAUGCUAAAAUUUGUAUGCAUAUUUUUUUUAAGAAGAUCAGGAUAUGAAUUGAAUAUUGACAUGUACAGAUACUAAAGCUGAUAUAUAUCAGAUAGUUAAAUUAAAUUUUAUGCCACUUUUUAUUUUUUUAAACUCAUUCUAAGCAUGUAAACCUCCCCUUUUUUUUUAAUUUUCUAGAACAUACAAGUGAUAGUAAAAAUACCAACCAAAAGAUAUAAUUGAUCAUCAAACUUUUCUAGUGAAUCAUAAUGAAUCUGUUUGAGAUGCUACCUACCAAAUCAAAGAUGUCAUUGUACAAAAAGAAGGUUAAACUAAAGGUAGAUAGAUGUUGUCACUUAUUUUGCUUUGGAAUAUAUGGACCUAUAUGAAACUAAAUAGAAUUGCAAAAGAAAUUGAAUAUCAAAUAAAAAUAAGAUAUUGGUAAAUUCAUAUCAUAUAUUAGUCGGAUACUAUAAUUUUAAUCCAUUUGUGGAUAGGUUCGGAUACAAAAAUGGAUCUGAAUGGGUAAUACUCAAUAAAUUUUCACUUCUAAUGUAAUUGCACCCCCCUUCCCUUCUCGUACCUCACUCUUUUCAAACUUUUAUUAUGGUCCCUUUCCGCUAUGAAAGCUCCCUUCCACUGCCAUCUAGGGUCAUUGGGGUUUGUUUGAUUCUAAAUCUUUUGACCACUUUUAGAUCCUGCUAGCAAUGAAGGGUUGUAAUCACAUUGACACCGAGCUCCUGGAAGAGUUGAUCAUUGAGAUCUUUAAGCAGCUUGAGACCAAAUCUGAUCAUGUUGCAUGCUCAUUAGUGUCUCACAGUGGCUUAAGCUUGAAUGUGCCUCUCCUUGCAUGAUAACAAUUGUAUCAUCUGGGUAUGCUGACCAAUUGGUGGAGCUUAUUAUUGGUCAUUUCUUAGGAAUCCAGAACCUCUUCAUUGAUGGACUUUUUGAAUUGACCUUUCUUCUAGAACCAAGUUCCCAUACCACUAGGUUUUGUCCUACAAUCCUUCAUCUGCUUUCAAAAUUAUGCUCUUAUUUAGCAAAUUAAUCUUAAAUUAGUUUCAUUUUGAUGUUUUCAAAAAGAAAAUUCCUUUUUGUGGAGGAUUUUUAUCAUUUACACUAGACCUAUAAAUUUGUUUUAAAACUAUGAAUUUGCCUUUUCCCAAUAGCAGAAUUAGAAUCUCGAGGAAGAAUGAGGAUUGAGGUAUUGCUUGUGGAGUUCCUACACCACUUGGUAUGUAUGUAUCGGCCAUGUGCGACAUGUAGCACCACUUUGGAUGAUUCCCUGGUAGAACUGACUCCAUACCUACCCAUACUAUCCCGAACUAAUCUUGUACUACUUGAUGUAGUAUUUAUUUAUUUAUUUAUUUUUGAUUUAUUUGAUUUGGCCCUGAAGUUGUCAACUUCUAACUUGCAUCACCUCCUCACAAAAGUAUUUAUGUAUUGACGGACCGAUACAGGGAGAUAUAUCGAUUUUUAAAUCCUCAGAAGGAGUAUAUGUUGAUGGCAGAGGUAUCAAGGACUUCAGGCAAGUUCAGUGCUAUUUUUGAGGUAGACUAAACUGAAGAACGGACUUUGAAGAAAUGUUGUUGAAUACAAAAAGGUUAUUAUCUUAAAAUAUCAACUUCAUUGCAGAGUAUAACAUGGUUAAUUGGCAAUGUGGUAAUCUAUGUAAUGAGAGGUGUGGAAGGCACAAAUCAUACAUUUUGAAAAGUUGGUGUUUUAGGAAAAAUAUUUGGAGGUACUUGCAAAAAGCUAUUGCACAAGGACUUAGGUGGAUCUCUUCAUAUAGAUACUGUUCUUCUUUCUUAAUAAGGUGUUAUGAAAGAGUAUGAACCUGGUCAUGACAUUAUAAGGAAAUGGAGUUGCAUGAAUGCCACCUCAGUGUUAAAAAAAGUACACACUGAUAUGGUUUGUUUGCUGACCUUCUUAAAAGAAAUAAUGGUUUCCAAUAAGGUAAUGCACCAUGAGUUGAACCAGAAUUGCUAAAAUUGAGAUGUGACAUUUGUUUUGAAAUUCUAUUUGCAGUGUGUCUAGAAUAUGCAUCUUCAGCUAGAAAAGAAAUGGUUUGGACUUGCAUUGAGUUCAUGUUUCCCCUCCCCAACACCAACCCUAGCAUUGGAACUAGUUUCAUUUGUGCAGCUAGUCUUCUAAUGUUCUGAAGGUAUAUUGUACGCUUGAUGAUUUAAUAGUCAACGUUAGACUUUUCAAGCUUGAAUACACUAAAGGACAAAGACUUAAAACCCAUGGGAUGGGUCCAUCCCGAUUUCUGUGGACGGUGAUGUGCCAUGCCAUGGUGGAUGUCCCAUCCCAUCACAUCCUGGUACUCAGGAUGGCGCCCCAUUCCAAAACUCGGGAUGGUGGGCACACCACCAUUUUACAAGGAAUUGUUUCCUUGCUAACGCAUCAGUGUAAUGCGUUAUUGAGAGUUAGAAUUUUUUGUGUGUUAGAGCAUCUGAGUAUAUUUGUUCCUCGUAUUCUGCUCUCAUGGAUUUAAGAGCUUGUGAUGCCAUCCCCCCUUUCCCCGUUCAAAAAAAAUAAAAAACACACACCCACACAAAAAAAGGGAAAUGAGAGAAAAAACUUAAUAGUUAAUGUAACAACCUAGUGAAGGGAAAGGUGUUGGUAUUGUUACAGUCCAGUACAUGCCUGCUGGCAUGAACCAGAACACAUUAUUACUUGAAACCUUGGUCUAAGGAGUGCAUCUAGAAUCUUGUUGUAAAUUAAAAUGCUAGCUUGAGAAGGUAAAAUUGCUAGUUUUGGAAGGGAACAGUUGUCUGGCUUUGCCUAGGGUUCACUUACGUUGAAAUAAUAUUUUGGGAAAGAUGUAAAUGAGAGGAGGUUGUGCAAACCAGACAUAACAGCUUAUAUGAUAGUUGAGCCGAGUUCAAGUUCUGCUGAUUUGGUUUCAAGCUGAACUUGCUCUGUAAUGAAAAACUCACUUAAGGGCUUUAGCAAGAGUCUAUGAUCUGCCAAGGCUUCCACACACACUUUGAGGUGCUUGUCACCAUCAGUUGCAAUCUGACAACCGAGACACUCUUUUUUCUGUAAAAUAUGAUGAUAUUUGAUACAUUAGUAUGAGAACUAGACUUUUUUGUUUAUCAACAAUAGAGAAAAUAAUUUCUACAUUUUUUGGAAUCUAUAUUACGAGAUUAAUUGAGCUGAACAUAGAGGCUGGACCAUUCUCAGUCUCGGCUUUUUUGUUAAUAAGUGAACACCUCAUGAACUUCCUGGAUCCUUUUUGGAGCUCUUCCUGAGAUGAGCAGCAGUUUGUUUCAUGGAACAACUACUGCCUAAGUUAAAGAAAAAAUUCUGAUAGAAACAUUUCUACUUGCAUCCUAUAAAGAUACUGGUGUACAUGACAGAUGUGGUCCUAUUAUAUUUUUGGAUUUUGUUCCUUUUCUUUUGUUGUGAGAAAACUACUUUGGAUCGGCUCUUUGAUUUGAAAAAUUAAUGGCAUACUAUGAGAACUAAGGUGCCUCGUUAUAUUUGAGAAGUUAGGAUGCAUAAUAACACAUACUUAUAGAUGGUGUUGAAACUUUACAUAACCAUAACUGUAACUAUAACCAUCCAGCCCUUUCCAACUAUUUGUUGUCAUCUUUAUUGAUCCUUAUUCAUCAAGAAUUCCUAUUUAUGGAUUUAGGGAUAACAAUUUAGGGAUAACAAUUAAGGUUGUGAUAAAAGCUAUUUGAUGGGUGUCCUAUCACCAUUAUCUCUAGCAGUCAAAAUGCCGAAUGGGUUCCUAACAUGCAUUAUAGAUUAUUUAUUUAGUUAGGAGAAACAAUAGCAGUGUCUUCUUAGACAAAUUCUAGCACAUCACAUUCUGAAUUAUUAGUUCGAACGCCUCCAUAUUUUUCUAUUCUUUUAGAUCUCGUCAACUCAACAUGUAUUAUUGAAUUUGUUAAAAUCUUUCUUAUUUUAUAUUUUUCUAGGAUUUUUCCUGCAGUUGCUGUAGUGUCUUCCACUUCUUAUACUGACAACUGAUCGUGCAUUACAUCUCAUGCUCAUUGUGGGACUCAUCAAGUUCGGCAUGCAUAUCGCUACCACCUUGCAAGCAUCACGUCUAUGUGCUGAAUCUCAUUUCCUUGCAGGACAUCCUACAUGUUACCUAUUUGCAAAAAAGAAAAAAGAUUCCUUGCGUAGAAGGAAAUCUAAGAGAAGAAAAUAGAUCCCAUCUUUCUGCUACAUAUUUUUAUAGACCGGAGAAGGAGACACACUAGCCCACCAAUGGAAUUUCGUCAUGUGGCUGAAAGCAGUGAGUCUGAAGACACUGAACUAGAUCGAUUCAGUCUAUCUGAUGCUGGUCUGGCUGCUGUUGCCAGGGGUUGCAAGGGACUUGAGAAGGUUAGCUUAAUCUGGUGUUCUAGAGUAACAUCUUUGGGUCUGACAACCGUUGCUCAGAACUGCAAAAUUUUAAAAUCCUUGGACCUGCAGGGUUGUUAUGUUGGAGAUCAAGGACUUAUUGCUGUUGGCCAGAAUUGCAAGCAACUUGAAGAUUUGAAUUUACGUUUUUGUGAAGGCUUGACUGACACAGGUUUGGUUGGAUUAGCUGAAGGUUGUGGGCGUUCAUUAAAAUCUCUCGGCAUUGCAGCAUGUGCUUGGAUUACUGAUAAAUCUUUGGAAGCUGUUGCAUCUAACUGCACUUUUCUGGAAACCCUAUCAUUGGACUCAGAAAACAUAAGAAAUCAAGGAAUAAUUUCUAUAGCUAAAGGUUGCCGAUCUUUGAAGGCUUUGAAGCUGCAGUGCAUAAAUGUAGUUGAUGAAGCUUUGCUAGCCGUGGGCUCAUUCUGUUCUUCAUUAGAAUUGUUGGCUCUGUACAGCUUCCAGCGAUUUACGGACAAGAGCCUUUCUGCUAUUGGAAAUGGGUGCAAGAAUCUUAGAGAUCUUACUCUUAGUGAUUGUUAUUUCCUAAGUGAUAAGAGUCUAGAAGAUGUUGCCCGUGGCUGUACCAAACUGACACAUUUGGAGAUUAAUGGCUGCCACAAUAUUGGAACAUCUGGAGUAGAACAUAUUGGACGGUCAUGCCCAGGCCUAUUGGAGCUAGCUUUGUUAUAUUGCCCAAGGAUUGGUAAUAGUGCUCUUCUUGAAGUUGGCAGAAGCUGCUCGCAUUUGCAAGCUCUUCAUUUGGUAGAUUGUUCAAGCAUAAAUGAUGAAGCGAUAUGCAAUGUAGCUAAAGGUUGCAGGAACCUAAGGAAACUUCAUAUCCGACGUUGUUAUGAGAUUGGAGAUGAGGGCAUUAUUUCUGUGGGUGAGAAUUGUAGAUUUCUUACGGACUUAAGCCUUCGGUUCUGCGAUAGGCUUGGUGAUCAAGCACUUGUAGCAAUUGCUCGAGGUUGUUCCCUCCGACAUUUGAAUGUUAGUGGAUGCCAUUUAAUUACCGACAUUGGACUGACAGCUAUUGCUAGGGGCUGCCCUGAUCUCAUCUACUUGGACGUCAGUGUUCUUCAGAAUAUAGGGGACAUGGCAUUGGCUGAGUUAGGUGAUGGGUGCCGUCUGCUAAAAGACAUUGUGUUAUCCCAUUGUCGGCAAAUAACAGAUGUUGGUUUACGCCACCUUGUCAGGGGAUGUACUAGGCUUGAGACCUGCCAUAUGGUUUACUGUCCGCUUGUAACAGCUGCUGGAGUUGCUACCGUCGUCUCAAGCUGUUCCAAUAUCAAGAAAGUCCUGGUUGAGAAGUGGAAGGUGAGUGAGAGAACCAGGCGGAGAGCAGCAUCAGUCUUAUCUUUCCUCUGCGUGGAUCUCUAGUUAGUGUCUUUUCUUGGGCACCAACAAGGUCCUUGUUAACAAGUAAAAAGGUCAAUCAGAGGUCACGUAUCUUCCAAUAUCUCUGGAUAAUAUCAACAUAAUGUCCUGUUUGAGAAAGGGGAAAAUCGGCUGCCCUUCUUCCUCUUUCAUUCAUCCAAUGGAUUUAUAGUUGGUUAUUGUAGUCUCAGCCUUUAGCAACAGGCAGAGGGUCCUUCCUGAACCAAGUCAUGGGCCAACUAGAGAGCUGGAUCAGUACUGGUUUCUCUCGUGUAAGGUUCUAGUUCCAACCAUAGCAGAUCCAUCUGCAAGAUGGGUGACUUUUCCAACACCUCUCCGCUGCUGUGAGUCGAGCAAUUACCGACUUUUAAUUCGCUGGUAUUUUACAGAAAGUAAAUCUUGAAUCCAAUUCAUUGUAGUGAAGAAUGUAAGGACUCUCCUGUUUUCUUAUGGUGUUAUUAUAUAUAUUAUAGUACUCCGUUGGGUUGUACAUGUAAUAAUGUACCGAACAUCAGUUGUUUUGAGGAUUUUAAUCGUAUAAAAGAACCUUUAUGGCAAAUCAGUGAUCAAUCAAAUCUGUGGUUGCAGUAGAUGGAAUCGUUCAAAAGCAGCACUUCUUUGAGAAUGUAGAUUUUAAGCCUCAGAAAUCAUGUCAAGAUACUAAGGUUAGCUAAAAUGGCCAGCUCAGAACUGUGUAACUUGGUUAUAGACUAGAUUCCAAGCUUGCAUGCUACGAUCCAGGGUUCUCGGUGUGACGGACCGUCUUCUUUCUCAAUAGAAUUGGUGGAGACUUGUGUGCAACAGAGUCGACCAUGCAUUGUGAUCUGUUUGUGCGUUCCAACCUCGCUGCACAAUUGCCCUGGACUCGUAAUUAUGAGAAGAAACAGUUAAAAGGAAUAAAGGUACUCAUGAGGGACGUGAUUGCUGUCAGUAUAUAGAAUGGUGUAUAUUUUCUGGUAGGCAUAACAAUCAUGGCUAUCAAAUAGGCGUUACUUAAUCCCUUUGUUCUGUGAUGGCUCAGAUGUUACUGGAUGAAAUAUGGAAUCCUAUCCGAUCUCCAUCAUGCAAACAGGUCUUUGCUUCUAUCCUCACCGAGCCUAUAAAGCUGAAGCUAUAACGGCAGGAAUUUUAUAGAUGGGAAGCAGUAAGAAAGGAAUGUAUUCUCCAAGCUUCAGGUUGUUCCCCAGUAUCUGCUUCAUUUCGACGCGAGCUCGUUUUUCGAAUAAAGCAUCCUUGCCUGCCAUGGAAGAUCUCUAAGUACAAAUGUCCAUUGCCGCCAACCCUUGGGAGCCCCAGGUGAGCAUCCUCCUGUUCGCUGUUAUUCCUUCGACCUUUCCCUGGUCAUCUAUUUCUAGCUUUAAGGAAUGGAAAGGAAGAAUGGCCUGGCAAAGCCUGUUGACAUCUGUCGCAGGCUCUUCAACUUCCUUGUGAAGAAUUUUUCUUUGGAUCGAUCCAAACCGGUCAUCCAGGGAACAACAAAUGCUCCCAUCCCCAAAAAAACGAGCCCUUCUGCAUGGGAGGACAGGGAAUCUCAGGUUCAGGUUCCUGUCUCCAAAAAGGCUGCUCAGGCUGGGCUUGUGCUUCCGACAGUAGUCACAGUGGAGCGCCCGGCUACUGUCCCUAUGGCCAGUGGUAAAAGGCGCGAAGACUCCACAGCAUCAAAAGAUCAAGAUGGCGGCACCACCUCUGUGAAGCCACGAAAGAAGACUAUUACCAUUUGGGGUGGCACGGAGCUGACUGAAGAAAAGGAUGUGAAGGAUGAGUUGGGCAAGAAGGCACCCAUGGAGGAACAAGGCAAAGCAGGGAAGACGGAAGCAUCCGAUAUAAAUGUGCAGUGUUUCGAGUUCAUACGGUGGAAGAGGAAUUCCUUAAAUUCUAAUGAGGAAACUGGACCCAACUCUUCCUCUCCAUAGUAACUUCAGCUUUUGUUUGUAUGCAAUAAAUGUGAGCAACAUGUAGAGUCGCCAAAAAAAUAUCAACAUGUAUGUAUCCAUAUGUGCUUGUACAAGUU